AUGUAUUGGCUAAAUGGAACUAAGAAGGCAAGUGCAGUAGCAAGGCUUACCGCUGCAAGUGCACUUGCUGAGGUUCGAACUGAGAAGGCAAGUACAGCAACAAGGUUUAUUGCUGUGAGUGCACUUGAUGAGGUUCAAGCUGAGAAAGCAAAUGCAACAGCAAACACUACCGCCACAAGUGCACUUGCUGAGGCUCAAAAGGGAGUUGCAGCGCCAAACACUCCCAUCGCAACUAUACUUGUUGAGGCUCAAAAAGGUAGUUACAGAGGCAAACAGAUAAAACAACAAAAGCACUACUUCCUAAUCAAUUUGGGUAAUGCUGCAGGCACACCCUGCAAGUACACAACUCCACUGCAAGGCCUCACAGCAUCAGUUGCCACCGCCAACGUACCUGGAUGUGCCGAGGCUGAUGUGGCAUGUAGUGCUACCCAAUUAGAUGAUGCUAAGAAAAUAGCAGCUUCAUCAGAUGCAACUAUUUUAGUAAUGGGCGCGGAUCAAUCUAUAGAAACAGAGGGUCACGACAGAGUUGAUCUGACUCUUCCAGGACAGCAACAACUUCUAGUGACUGAAAUUGCAAGUACAUCCAAGGGGCCUGUAAUUCUUGUCAUAAUGUCUGGAGGGGGCAUGGACGUGCAAUUUGCGAAAGAUAUUGAUAAGAUAACGAGCAUCCUAUGGGUCGGGUACCCUGGUGAAGCUGGUGGCGCAGCCAUCGCGGAUGUGAUUUUCGGGUAUUACAAUCCAAGUGGGAGGCUGCCCAUGUCAUGGUAUCCACAGUCAUAUACCAAGAACAUUCCAAUGACAAACAUGAACAUGAGACCGGACCCUUUCACGGGCUACCCAGGUAGAACCUACCGGUUUUACACUGGUCCAACCAUUUAUACAUUUGGGCAUGGACUAAGCUACACUGCGUUCAACCACCACCUAAUUCAAGCAACUAAGCUAGUCUCAAUCCCCUUAGCAAACAAUCAUGCUUGUCACUCUUCUAAUUGCAAGUCUAUUGAUGUUGUUGAUGAGCAGAGUUGUCGGAAUUUGAACUUUAACAUCCACUUGAGGGUUAGAAACACCGGAAAAAUGAGCGGAGGCCAGACAGUUUUCUUGUUUUUGAGUCCCCCUAAAGUGCACAAUUCACCUCAGAAGCACUUAAUGGGUUUUGAGAAGGUCUUUUUGUCACCACAAACAGAAGGAUUGGUGAGGUUCAAUGUAGAUGUUUGCAAGGAUUUGAGUGUGGUUGAUGAACAUGGAAGUAGAAAAAUUGCUUUGGGACAACAUGUACUUCAUGUGGGCACCUUGAAUUACUCCUUGAAUGUGAUAAUUUGAAUUUGCCAUUUUUUCACUCUCUCUCUCUCUCUGUGUUUUUGUUUUUGUUUUUUUGG